AUGAUUGUUUUCACGUUUAUUGCCAUUUGGUUAAGCGCUUUUACUAAACAUGCUGCCGCUGAUGCUCGUGAUGAGAGUACUCCCUGCAAUCCAAGAUUAGAGAGGACUUGCUUUUCGGUUAACCAGGCGCUAGGCACUUCAAUAUUCGAAUCUUUUGCUAGAACGCCAAAAUUGUUCUCCAGCACCAGCUAUGCCCAAAACACUGAGUUCCUGCCAGAAUUUGGAAUGAAGUUGAGCAUUAACGAAAGGUUUCAAGAUCCCUCCAUUAAGUCCAAUUUUUACUUGCUAUAUGGGAAUAUCAGCGCAGAAAUUAGGUCUAGCUACGGCGCAGGAGUGGUAACCUCCUUGUACUUGCAAAGCGACGACUUAGACGAGAUUGACAUCAUGGAAUCUAUUGGAAACGAUUUGGAGCACAUUCAGACGAACUACUUCGUUAAAGGCAAUACCAGUGAUUACGAAAGGGGUAUGUAUCAUGCUUUACAAAGUGGUGCUGCUCUGGAACACUAUAACACGUACGGGUUAGAAUGGACCCCAGAGAAAAUCAAAUGGUUUUUAAACGGUGAAUUGAUCCGUGAAGUGGAACCAAACCCAAAGGAAGGAUAUCCAACCUCACCAAUGUACAUUGUCUUUAGCAUUUGGGUUGGAGGAGAUCUGACCAAUGACCCAGGCACCAUACUGUGGUCUGGAGGGCUCACGGAUUUUCAAGACUUGCCCUUCGAUAUGUAUAUUAGAAAUGUCAGAGUAAGCGACUACUCCACUGGUGAUCACUAUGUGUAUGGAAACGUUGAUGGGCGGUGGUUACCUUUGAGUUCGAGAGGUGGUGAAGUCUUUGGGCGUGAAACAGAGAACGAGGUUUUAACAGAUAUAAGCGAAGAGCAGUUGAGGGUGUUUGAAGCGUAUGAGACGAAGAAAAACGGCUCCGCAAGCAACAGAGCUGAGGAGAGUGAUGAAGAAGAGAGCGAUGAAGGUGAAAAGGACGAAGAGAAAGCCAUCACCGGUGCCCAGGGCGAAGAAGAUGCUACUAGCAGCGCUCAGGGAGAACAGCAUACACAUGCAGAAGCCCACGACAAAGCUUCGGCCAAAGCAGGUACUGAAAAAGUCGCCCACAGCACCGACGAGGAUGCUAACAGAUUCGUUCAGUUUGCCACAAACCAUGGCACAAACACAAACACAAACACGGGUUCCAGGGUCCCCUUGAACCCACUCUACCUUGUCUUCGUCCUCCUCCUGCUCUUGGUGUAA